UUCUUCGCAGUUUAAUAGGACUCUUUCAAAAUGAAUGUGCAAACGGGAAUGCUUACGGAUCCAAUAAUGGAGGAACUGAUGUAUCAGCAAAAAUACAAAGAUCCAAUGGAGCCAGAAAAUAUCGAGGAGUAUUGUGAUAUAAAUGUUCCACCACCAAAGGGGUGGAAGUUUGUGAGGCGGCCGAAUGCUGUUACAAGAGACGGUUGGCUUCCGCGAGUGCCGAAGUCGACUGUUCGACUUACCAACGUUCCUAUCAAGAACAUUAUCCUGACCUACGACAUAGGCACACCGUUCUGCAAGGAUCACAGAGCGUGCAUUGAUACCAUCAAGCUGCAUCAACAUAUGCAAAUGGAAGAGAUGAACCUGCCAGAUAUAGCUUACAACUUUUUGGUAGGAGGAGACGGAAAAAUAUAUGAAGCAAGAGGAUUUGAAUAUCUACCCGAGAAAAACGCACAGUUUCCCGAACUUUAUGGAAAUAGUAUCGAAAUAGCUUUUAUCGGAAACAAUGCUAAUGAAGUUCCUAGAGAGGACUUUAUGAACCUGGUCAAGUUUUUGAACCACGCAACAUACGUCACUCACGAUAUAUCCAAACAGCAUAUGAUCUACGAAUCUGAGCCAAGGUUUCUCAUAAAUAGUGCGUUUAGCAGAAGAUAAUAACAUUUUCUUGAGUUUAAACUAAUCAUCACAUUCAUCAUA